AUUUUUUCAGUGGAUGAUUGCUGGAUUAGCUGGGCAAUCUGUGACAGCUGGGCAAAGGGCAGCUAACUAAUGAUUAAUGGACAGCUGCUAACAGACACUGCAAUGAGUAAAUACAACUUCAUCUGCUUCUGAGAUAUAUUUGACCAACGGAGGCGAUUCUGAAGUCAUCAGGACAGUUUGGUUCCUCUAAAUGUGAUGCAGCCCACUAGAGGUGAAUGAUGCUCUCAGGGACUUACUCGGAAAGAGGAAGUUAAAUCAUGCUGGUUUACCACGAUGAAUAAAUACUGUGUGUGUGUCCUGAUCUCAUUAUUUAUCAUUCAGGCUGGAGCACGUUGUAUUGCUGAAGUUUGUUGGAAUGGCUGCUACUAUUUUGAUCUUCCUGCUCUUGAUUCAUGGGGUUUCUAGUGCUGGUUGGGGUGUGAAUUACAGUCCUUCACACAUCUGUGCACUAAAGAACUCAUCAGUGAUAAUGAGCUGCAAUUAUACAUACCCUACUGGACAUCAGAUCAAGAAAGUGUUCUGGACCAAAAACCCUGUUAAAGAUGGAAAUAAAGAAUCAAGUGAAGAAGGAGAGCAACAUAAAGAUCUGUCUGAGGACCCUGAAUACAGUCAGAGGCUUCAGUAUCUGGGAGAUAAACAGAAUAACUGCACCAUCAGACUGAGUCAUGUGACACAGAAGGAUUCACACAUGUACUAUUUCAGAUUCAUCACUGAUGAUGAUGAUGAUGAGAAUGAUGAUGAUAAUGAUGUUGAUGAUGAUGAUGAUAUCAAGGAACAGACUAGUGAUCCAGGAGUGACUCUUACUGUCACAGAUCUUCAGGUGGAGGCUCCUGAGACAGUGAAAGAGGGUCAUAAUGUCAGUCUGACAUGUGUAAGCAGCUGCGCUCUGACUGACAGAGCAACAUUCAUCUGGUACAGAAACUCACAGCCAUUAACUGAGAGAAGAGACAGAAACAAUCAACUCCUGCUGCAGUCAGUCAGAAGAGAGGAUGCAGGCAGAUACAGCUGUGGUGUACAGGGACACAUUUACAUCUCUCCUGCUGUUCAGCUCAAUGUCACCUACCCUCCUAGGAACGUCUCAGUGUCCAUCAGUCCAUCUGGUGUAAUAGUGGAGGGAGAUUCAGUGACUCUGAACUGCAGCAGUGAUUCAAACCCUCCUGCAGAAAUCAGCUGGUUUAAAGGAGGAAAGUUUGUAGGAUCUGGAAGAGUCUACAGCAUCUCAAACAUCAGCUCUGAUCACAGUGGAGAAUACAAGUGCAAGUCAAGAAAUAAACACGGAGAUAAAUACUCUGAUGCUGUGACUUUAAAUGUUACGUAUUCUCCAAAGAACGUCACAGUGUCCAUAAAUGGAUCUGGUGAAAUAGUGGAGGGAGAUUCAGUGACUCUGAUCUGCAGCAGUGACUCAAACCCUCCUGCUCUGAACUUCAGCUGGUUUAAAGAAGGAACAUUUGUAGGAUCUGGAAGAAACUACAGCAUCUCAAAGAUCAGCUCUGAUGAUAGUAAAAAAUACAAGUGCAAGUCCAGCAAUGAACAUGGAGAGAAAUACUCUGAUGCUGUGAAUUUAAACGUCAUGUAUGCACCCAGGAAUGUCUCAGUGUUCAUAAAUGGAUCAGGUGAAAUAGUGGAGGGAGAUUCAGUGACUCUGAUCUGCAGCAGUGAUUCAAACCCUCCUGCUCUGAACUUCAGCUGGUUUAAGGAGAAUCAAAGCUCCUCUGUUGGAUCUGGACAGAGUUUCAGUGCACUACAGAGUGGACGCUUCUGCUGUGAAGCUCACAAUCAACACGGAAAUCAGAAAUCAGAUGCUGUUUCUGUAACUGUUAAUGGAGGAGAUAAAACAGUCCUGUACGCAGCUGUUGUGAUCCCAGCCGGAUGUGGAGUUUUAUUUCUCAUCUGCAUCAUCAUGUUCAUGUUCAUGAGGGAGAGAAAAAGUGGAUAUGACAUCAGCCAGAACCAGGUUCAACAACCUCCCAGCUCUGAGACAAACUACUCUGAUGAUGGUCUGUAUGCCAGAAUUUCAUCCAAGAGACCCAGCGCAGAUCAGACUAUAGGAAAAACUAUAAAGACAGUGUACACAAUGAUCCAACGUGUCAAAAACAACGAGAGCAACAGGAAUCUGACCAUGCACCCUCUUGAUCCUGCUGUGGGAUCCGCUGCGAUGGUAGAUGAAUCUGUGAUUUACAGCCAAGUCAAAUGAUCCAGAAUCUGUCACGUGGAUCAAAAAGGAAGCUGGUCUCCAGCUGAGAGUAAAUAUAUCUACUGCAGCUUCAGAAUCAGAUGUUAAUAAAGUGAUUUAAAUGUGUGUCAAGUCACAUGACAUUUCUUGUCAUCAGUCGUUGAUUAGGAAGUACUGAUCAGAAAUACCAAUACCAUUAACUAAGGCGUCCAUGGAGGUUAUGUAAGUGCACCUAGAUCAUUUUAAGACUGUGGUUUGUUGUUUGGGGUGUCUGUUUGGAGAAGUUACAACAUCAGCUAGCUGCAUUUAAACGCCUGUGGAAACAUCUUCUGCUAAUAGUAUGUUUUGAAAUGUUUCCAAAGAUUUGCGUAAUUUUCCAUGGCCUGCAGUCUCUUAGUCACUCUUCAGUAAGCAUCCGUUUUUGUGUCUUUUGUAUUUAUUUUUCAUCCUUCAUAAAACAUGUUUGAUGCUUUGAAGUUAUAAUUUCAUGCACGUUUGGUGUAUUGGUACAUUUUAAGAUUUAAAUAAAGUUUAUAAAGUCUAUGUGUUUUUGUCUGACAUUAGAAAUACACAAAUUCAUUACAUUUCCAGAUGUUGACUGUUGAUGGUUUUGUUCUGUGGUUUACAUCAGCUUCAACGUCAACGCGUUAACACUCCUCUUUAUUUGAUCCGUUUAAAUCCCUCUUUUUCUUCCUAAUAGUGUGAUGUGACCGCACCUUUUUUAACUGAGAAAACACCACUGCGAAUGUGCAGAGUAAUUUUAAAUUACACAUAAUUUUCCUUUAUAGCAAACAUGGCUCUCUCCCACUCUUUUAUGUUUCCCUGGAUUUUUCUGAGAAAUUGUGCAAGUAUUUGGUCAUCAACUUUCUCAACCAUGUCCCUGGUGUAUGGCCUUGGCAUGAUGGCUUUUCUACAAUGUCUAUGACAUUACAAAUAAAACAUAUGUAAUGUAAUAUUAAUAGUAAACUUAACAUGUGUCUCAUGUCUCACUUUACCCCACCACCACAUUUUUAGAAAAAACGAUCUCUCUUAGCAA